GCGGGAAGUCCAUUCUGGCCCUCAGCGGGGAGCAGGAAAUAAUUCAGGGAGCUUGAUACUUGAAAUUGAGGGGAUCGAUCAAUUUUCAGAGGGAUUAUCAAUCCAUUGAGAAUGCCAGUAAGGGUGGUCGAAACCUCUGCACCUACUCAAAUUUCAGGUGCACAUUCUGGACAGAUUUCGCCACCAUUUUGCACCCUUCUUAGUGUUGGACAGGCUUUCUCUGGUACCCAGAAUGUUUCUAGUCUACAAAAAGAUGAAGCCUGGAGAGUUAAUGUCCGUAUUCAAGGAUGUGACCUUGAGCACGGUUACUUAUGUGGCACUAUGGAAGCUCUGAAUGUUCCUAUGGCGGACACGCCAGUGGUAACCUUCUGGGAAGGGGAGAUUGUUGAUGGCAAGAAUUACAGUUUCUUCACUGGUAAAUGGGAAGCAUCAUCGGAAGAUGAUAUAAGACAUUGGACAAAGUUUCCAUCCUUUUCCCCUUUCUUGUGCCAAGUGGAGGUUGAUGGUGGCAAAUCUUUAGACUUGAGUAACUACCCGUACAUAUUUAUGAGGUGGAAAGAGCAAUAUUUUGUCAAUGUUGGAACAGACUGUGGGUUAACCAUAGCUGGGUUUUACUAUGUUUGCUUCUCCUGUACUGAUGGCUCCAUUAGUGGGUUCUAUUAUGAUCCUAAUAGCAGCCCAUUUCAGAAGCUUGAACUGAAAUCGACCAACGAGGGGCGAUCAGGCUUCAGUUUUUCGUCUUAUGAAUUGCAGUAAAAUGGAUUAUGGGCACUUCAUUCCAGGAUUAGCUACUGUUUCGAGUGAACUUGUUGAAUGGAGCUUGAAUUUGCUGGGCCAAAGGGACUCCAAUCAAUAUAUUUGAUAAAUUAUUUUAUAAAGCCUCGUGAAAUACACAACUUCUGAAGUGUACUGGUGUGCUUAGUGAAUAAUGAUUUAUUAUAAAUAUGAAUUUUUUUAUAAAAA